GGACAGGGUGCGGAGGGCUUCUGGGCUGGUGAGCAAGGGGAGGUUUGGGGAGAGCGGCUCCCCUGGAGGGCCUGCAAGCUCUGUACCCUUCCCCCGUACCUUGCCUUAUGCCCCUCUCCCACCUGGCUGCUCAAAGCUGUGAGCCGCUCUAGCAAAUGGAGCGAACCAGGGGAGGAGGUCUUGGGAACCUCCGGUCAGAAGCACAGCUGAUAACCAUAGCCCUUCGCCCACGGAAUCUCCCACUCCUUCCAGGUAGAUGGUGUUAGAACUGAGUAGAGGAGCUGGACGCCAGCUGGUGUCCGGAGCAUUGCUUGGUGGUGUGGGGACCCCACAUUGGAAUUGGUGACUGGACUCCUUCAUAGGUGCUGGGGGUUGGUACGCGGACCCCCUUGGGGGCUGCCGCAGCACCUGCUCAGUAGUUAAGUGCUGGUGGAGGUUCCUGACACGCCUCUGACCGCGGCUGCUUGGCUUUGCAGCAGAUCCUGUUGGGAAGAAACUGCAGCAUGUUCUGGGGCAGCAGUGACCGACCCUCGGCGGAACCGGAACCGUUGGGGAAGAAGGGAGUGCUGGAGGAGCAGAGGCCUCUGCGGUUCAAGAAGAGGGAGACCGAGGUGUAUGUUGGCAACCUUCCUCCGGACAUCUCUGAGGAGGAAAUUCGGUACCUGCUGAAGGACUUCAACCCUCUCCGUGUCCAUAGGGUCCAGAGUGGCUACAAAUGCUUCGCGUUCGUGGACCUGGGCUCGGUGCAGAGAGUGGCGCUUGCGAUCCAGGAGCUGAACGGGAAGCUCUUCCACGAUCGGAAACUGUAUGUGAAUCCCUGCAGAAGCUCUCCCAGGCGGCCCCCUGACGGGGCCCAGAGGCCCCAGGAGCUGCAGGUGUUGGAGAGGCCUUCCCGUCGAGGAUUUGCCGAAAUCGCUGCUUAUCUCCAGCUCACCCCCAAAGCUCCCGGUGCCCCCCGAAAGACAGCGAGACCGAGGACACCCUUAUUUGCAGUCCCCAUGGAAAUGAGAGGCUCCUUCCUGGUGCCGCUCCUGAGGGAAUGCUUCCGCGACCCGGGCUGGCUGGCCACCAUCUGCCACACCGGCGGGGACGUGGGGCUGCUGGUGACCAGUAUUGUCCCUCGGACCCCGUUCUUCUGGGCCAUGCACGUCACGGAGACUCUGCACCAGAACAUGCAGGCGCUCUUCAGCACCCUGGCCGAGGCGGAGGAGCAGCAGCCCUACCUGCAGGACGCAGCCGUGCAGCGCGGGGCCCGCUGCCUGGCCGAGUACCACCUGGGCACGUACGGCCGGGCCUGGAACAGGUGCUGGGUAGUGGACAGGGUGGAUACCUGGGCUGUGGUCUUGUUCGUCGACUUUGGCCAGUCGGCCACCGUCCCGGUGCAGUGUCUGCGCAGCCUGGAUAGUGAUGACUUCUGGACCAUCCCCCCUCUGACUCAGCCUUUCAUGCUGAGGAAAGGCAUUUUGAGUUCAUAUCAGCUGACCCAUCACAUCCUCAAAGGGAAGAUCACUGGCGCUUUGAACUUGGAGCCACAAAUCCUGAAGUUUGAAGAGUUAAGAUGAUGUAGCUAGCAUCAGCUCCCUCCCUCCUUUAUAUAUUCUUCGUGCCCCCUCUCUCUCCCCCUCCCCCUGCCUGCCCUGACCUGUGUCCCCCUUCCACUCGCAAGGCCACACUGGUGCCCAGGAUUGAUUUGAUUUGCAUUUGCCUUUACCCUCAGCUCCUCUCAGAAAAGUCUCAACUUUGUCUUGUGUCUUCAGUUCCCCACUCAGUAUGGACAUUUGAACCAAACCUAGGAAGCUUACAUGGGAAGCUUCAGGUGGCCAUGUAUUUAUUUUGUCUCUUUUUUUGUGCCCCCGGAGCAUGAUAUAAACUGCUCCAACAGAUUCUGGAGAUUCUGGAGAAUGGAAGGGCCCACGGCUUUAUUUUCCUGGGAUUCCAUUGUAGAACCAGGUGGGGAACAUUUAACCAGUGAGCCAUCACCAUGGAGAAUAAAUGUUGGCACGGUUCAC